ACCUUUUCUGCCCGCUGAACAUAAGCUCCUCCCCCUGCGCGUCUUCCUCUACGGGUGCCGCAGUAAAGUUGACGGCGCGUGCGCACUUUCGGUCCUCUCUUUUUCUUGGAAGCGCCCCAGACCCAUCACGCCAUGGCAGAUCCUGAGCUUGACUUCCAGUGUGGUGAAUCUGGUGCCUCCAGCACUUACCCCAUGCAAUGUUCUGCUCUGCGCAAGAAUGGACAUGUGAUUCUGAAGGGACGUCCAUGUAAAAUUGUUGAGAUGUCCACCUCAAAGACGGGCAAGCACGGGCAUGCAAAGGUUAACUUGACUGGUAUGGACAUCUUCACCAACAAAAAGUAUGAAGAUAUGUGUCCUUCUACUCACAAUGUGGAUGUUCCUGUUAUCAAGAGGAGAGAUUACCAGGUGGUUAACAUCCAAGAAGGCUUUAUGUCUUUAAUGGAUGACAACGGUGACAUCAGGGAGGAUUUGCGUGUUCCUGAAGGUGAAGUUGGCAAGGAUAUCCAGACAAAGUUUGAUGCUGGAGAAGAGAUUACAGUCACGGUGCUGGCUGCCAUGGGGGAAGAGUGCGCCAUCGGUGUUAAGGGCUGCUCCUCCAAGUAGGGGAGAUGGACUUUGCUGCCCAGGCAACAAGCACCGCCCACCACCAGUCUCUUGCUUUCUCAUUGGUUCUGUCACCAAAGCGUCGGCC